CACAAACGGCGGGGCGGGCGGAGGCCGCUGAGAGGACGAGAGGAGCCGAAGAGGAGCCGAAGUUGAAACUGAAGCCGAAGCGGAGCCGAAGAGGAGCCGAAGCCGAAACCGCAGCCGAAACCGCAGCCGAAGCCGAAACCGAAGCCGAAGAGGAGCCGAAGCGGAGCCGAAGAGGAGCCGGGCUGGAUGGGGCGGGGGGGCGGGGCCGGGGAGGCAGCUGGGCCCCGGCUGUAACGCGGUUACUCUGUACUGAGCGGCAACACGAGCAGGGAGGAGGAGGAGGAAGGAAAAAAAGAGGAGGAGGAAGAGGCCCAGGCCCUGCUGCAGGUGCAAACCUCAAAACAUGACCAACAAUCUACCUAACCGAUGUUCAGAGCUGCUUCGGCGAGGACUGGAGUACAGUUACCCACAUCAUUUCUACAGAGAAUUGGUAAAGCCGCUAUAAUGGCCAAUAAGAAAGAGCCUCCGUUCUUCAAUGAAGAUAACGUGGGACCCUUGUACUACAAAUUCCCUUUCUACGAGACUAUGGACCUCUUCAUCGAAACAUUAACAGGAACGUGCUUUGAGCUGCAAGUUUCACCCUUUGAAACGGUCAUUUCUGUGAAAGCUAAAAUUCAAAGAUUGGAAGGUAUUCCUAUCUGUCAACAGCACUUAAUUUGGAAUAACGUGGAACUAGAAGAUGAUUAUUGCUUGAAUGAUUACAACAUCUCGGAAGGCUGUACCUUGAAGCUCGUACUGGCUAUGCGUGGGGGACCUAUCAAUACUAAGCGAGUUCCCAUGGAAGAUCCGCUUCGGGAAAUGGCUGAAUUCAUGUAUCCUGGGCAAGAUGAAAUUUGGGAGAAGGCUCCCUCCAAUAAACAAGUCACCUUUUUGGUCUACAGAGAAGGGGAUCAGUUGAGUUUUUUCCGUGUUGUCGACAGGGGAGAUGGCACCCUGACACCCAUCUCGGAGUCCAUAAGCGGGGGCUCCAUUUACAACCUGUACACCGAUGAAGAGGAAGAAAUGGAACCUUCUCCCUCUGGGCAACAGAUCAUCGAAAACUCCAUCACGAUGAAUAAAAUGAAGCUGCUGAAGGCCAAGAUGGAACACAUGAACCUCAGUAAAAAGGUGAUGCUGGGACCACGGGAACAGGUCUUUCCCUCGUUUGACCAGUGUACAUUACCUUCUCUGCCCAAGAAAGCCAUCAAGGUCAAACCUCGGCCCCCCUUGACUCCCCGGCCUUCAAGCGGUUCCGUGGCAGCUGCCCGUCACAGGCUUUUAAGAGUGCUUCCCCACAUUGGACAGUCUUGCCUACCUCUUGGGAAUUCAUAUCCCUCCGAACCUUCCCACAGUGCACUUUCAGGCCCUGCUCCUUUGGCCACCGCUGGUACAGCCGCGUCGUCGGUGACCGGCGAUCUCCUUCAGGAAGAAAACCGGGAAAGUCCACCGGUGACUCGAUCAGUGAGUAGCGCCGCACUUCGGCCCAGAGUCUCUCGCAUCGAAUUAGAAGAGGCCACAGCGUCAGCGGAUGCAGUUCUCCCCCUCACCUUCCCUCUGCUCCUGCAGGCCCAAACUCUUUCGGAGAAGGUAGGCUCCGGAAUCGAGCGGGAGGUGGUCUUGCUUCACAGCCUGGAGCUCUGUGCCCCGGAAGACUUGCCUCUGCCUGAGGCGGAUGCGGCCGCUCCGUUCCUGGAAGGCGGCCUCCCUCAAAGGUCUGGCGAGCGAGCGAAGGCAAAUCCAAACUCGCUACUGCCUACCAGGAACAGAGGCCCAAAGGCCACAGAGCAGCCUCCUCGUAUACCCAUCCGCGAGACGCCGAGUUGCGAAGCAGUGGAGGCGGGCGUCCUUAACACUCGGGCGUUAAGUGCUCAGAAGAACGGACUCCUGUCCCCUCUCCGGUGUUCCCCUCCGACGGCCCCUAGCAGCCCCUGCCCGAACCCCCAGAGAAGGGCCAAAUGCUUGGAGCCGGGACACCGGAGGCCCUCGACCUCCCAGAACCCACUCCGGCUACGGGAGGCCCGCACCGGGCCCGAGCCGCCCUUCCCUCGGACUACCAGGCUCCGCAGCGUCAAAGUCGAUCCCCUGGGGAAAAGACCCGACGUCAUUUCGAAAGGAGAGGCGAGGGGCAUGACGGAAACGGCCAACAAGGCCUCCCGAGAGCCCGUCGGCUCCGUGAGAGAUCUGGGCUUUCUGGCCUCGCUGGCCCGAAGCACGAGCAGAGACAGUUUGCAGGCAGCCGGCGGUCUGGGCAGGCUACGGCCCUCCGGCGUCCUGCUCCCUACGAGCCUCCAGCCUUUCCAGGAAAAGUGCUCCCGCAGAACCUCUCCCCAGAUUGAGACGGCAGACUUCAUUCUAUCUUCCUAUGGACUUGGAAUGAAUGGAAAUAGCACAGCAGCAGGAAAAAGAGUAGGUGAAGCUACCCAUCAUCUCCCACCUGUGAAAGCCCCAGUUCAGACGAAAAAGAAAACCGCAAAGCACUGCUUUCUGUGUGGCAAGAAAACCGGGCUGGCGACCAGCUACGAAUGCAGGUGUGGGAACAAUUUCUGCGCAUCUCAUCGCUACGCGGAAGCUCACGGCUGCACGUUCGACUACAAGGGCACAGGAAGGAGGUACCUGCAGGAAGCCAACCCUGUGGUCAGCGCCCCGAAGCUCCCCAAAAUCUAGCCGUUGGGUCGCGUGGGUCCCCUCUGCCGGAGGCAUCGAAUUACAGUGAGAGAAGAAGUAACUGCUUCUAAGCUGCGUUCAUUUUUCUGACUUCCAAAAGAAAAAGGCCAAGUCCCAAAAGCACACCACACACCUAGGCUUGGAGAGUGGCGUGGACACCACCGUAGCUGACGACUUUACUCUCCGAUGAAUCGAACGGUUUUCCAAGUAGUUUUUAAAAAAUUUCCACUCUGACGACUUAACUUCGUUGCUGCACGUCUCGAGUGAACUGUUUUAUAUCCGAAAAUGCUGUUUCACUAGACGAGUCUGUAAAAGAUGCACUUUACCACGUUUGAUAUUUACUGUGUGACCAAACUCGGAAGUGGGGAGGGGCCUUUCUGGGGUUGACAUGUAGUGUCUUCUGUGCUCAGACUUGUUUGUUGUUUUCUGUCCCAUGCGUGAUACCUUAAAUUAUUUCAUGAAAGAGUUUCCUUUCUACUGAACGACGCGGCCAGCAUAAAGAGUGUGGUAAUUGUCCCACAUCUAGCUCUUCCAUUCAUAUGUUUUGUGUCCAUUCUACCAGCGUACCAUGUAAAUCACAUGUAUUUCUAAAAAAUAUUCCUCUUUGUAAGGUGGUUUUUAAACUAGAAGAUGUCCCACUAGUUGCCAUUAAUGCAGAAGCAACUUAUUUUCAUUUCUUUUGUAAUGGCUGGAUUUUUUUUAAGACCACAACUUAGUUUGAUCUGCUGUGAUGUCAAGCGCUGUUACAAGAUGAAAUUCUAAUAAAUACUCAGUUUUAUUCCGGA